GUUCUCCUGGUGGUCUCCCAGCACCUGAAGGCUGGGCCCCUCAAGGACCCCCUGCUGGACGACCAGGGGGACUUCAACAGGAUGUGUGGGGCCAUGAAGAAGAUCGGCCUGGACGACACAGAGAAGCUGGACCUGUUCAGGGUGGUGGCAGGGGUACUCCACCUGGGCAACGUCGACUUUGAGGAGACAGGAAGUACUUCAGGUGGCUGCACCCUGGGGAAGCAGUCAGGCCAGCCCCUGGAGCACUGCUCUGAGCUGUUGGGUCUGGACGAGGACGACCUCCGAGUCAGCCUCACCACCAGGGUCAUGCUCACAACAGCAGGGGGCGCCAAAGGAACGGUCAUCAAGGUGCCUCUGAAGGUGGAGCAGGCUAACAACGCGAGGGAUGCCCUAGCCAAGGCCGUCUACAGCCGCCUGUUCGACCACGUGGUCACCAGGGUCAACCAGUGCUUCCCCUUCGACUCUUCUGCCAACUUCAUCGGGGUGCUUGACAUCGCAGGCUUCGAGUACUUUGAGCACAACAGCUUCGAGCAGUUCUGCAUCAACUACUGCAACGAGAAACUGCAGCAGUUCUUCAACGAACGCAUCCUGAAAGAGGAGCAAGAGCUGUACCAGAAGGAGGGACUUGGGGUGAACGAGGUUCACUACGUCGACAAUCAGGACUGCAUAGACCUGGUGGAGGCCAAGCUGGUGGGCAUCCUGGACAUCCUGGAUGAAGAGAACCGCCUGCCCCAGCCUAGUGACCAGCACUUUGCAGAGACCGUACACAACAAGCACAAGAACCACUUCCGCCUCACUGUGCCCAGGAAGUCCAAGCUGGCUGUCCACAGGAACGUGAGGGAUGACGAGGGCUUCAUAGUCAGACACUUUGCUGGAGCCGUGUGUUACGAGACGACCAAGUUUGUGGAGAAAAACAACGAUGCGUUGCACAUGUCCCUGGAGUGCCUGAUCAGUGAGUCCAAAGACCGGUUUGUGAGGGAGCUCUUUGAGAACUCGAACAACACCAAGGACUCCAAGCAGAAGGCUGGAAAGCUAAGCUUCAUCAGCGUGGGGAACAAGUUCAAGACCCAGUUGAACAUUCUUCUGGAAAAACUUCGCAGCACGGGCUCCAGUUUCAUCCGCUGCAUCAAGCCUAACCUGAAGAUGGUGAGCCACCAGUUUGAAGGAGCCCAGAUCCUGUCCCAGCUCCAGUGUUCAGGUAUGGUGUCGGUGCUGGACCUCAUGCAGGGCGGCUUCCCCUCCAGAGCCCCCUUCCACGAGCUCUACAACAUGUACAAGCAGUACAUGCCUGCCAAGCUGACCCGCCUGGACCCACGCCUGUUCACCAAGGCUUUGUUCAAGGCAUUAGGACUGAAUGAGAACGACUACAAGUUCGGUCUGACCAGAGUGUUCUUCAGGCCUGGGAAGUUUGCAGAGUUUGACCAGAUCAUGAAGUCGGACCCUGACCACCUGGCAGAGCUGGUUAAGAAGGUCAACCAGUGGCUGAUCUGCAGCCGCUGGAGGAAGGUGCAGUGGUGCGGCCUGUCAGUCAUCAAACUGAAGAACAAGAUGCUGUACCGUGCCAGUGCCUGCAUCAAGAUGCAGAAGACGGUACGCAUGUGGCUCUGCAAGAGGAAGCACAAGCCACGGAUCGACGGGCUGGUCAAGGUGCGCCAUCUGAAGAAGAGGAUGGACAAAUUCAACGAGGUGGAACUGAAGGAGGGCAAACAGGAGAUGGCCACCCAGAUCCAGGAGCUGGAUGCAGCCAUCAGCACCCUGAUGGUCAAGAUCAAAGGCACCAUCAUGACCCGCAUUGAGAUCGACCACGAGUACCAGGCCCUGGUGACCCGCUCCGAGCAGCUGCUGACCGCCAUGCAGAACAAGAAGAAGGAGGAGGAGGAGAGAGAGCGUCUGAAACGCAUCCAGGAGGACAUGGACCGAGAGAGGAAGAGGAGGGAGGAAGAGGAGCAGAGACGCAAGCAGGAGGAGGACGACCGCCGCCUGAAAGCGGAGAUGGAGCUGAAAAGGAAACAGGAAGAGGAGGAACGGAAGAAGAUGGAGGAAGAGGAGAAGAGGAUUCAGGCGGAGAUGGAGCUGCAGAUGGAGGCGGAGCGUGAGGAGGAAGCAGCUCGCGCCACCAUCCUGGAGCAGGAGCGCAGAGACAGGGAGCUGGCCAUGAGGAUCGCCCAGAGCGAGUCUGAGCUCAUCCCAGAGGAGAGCCCCUACGACACAGGCCUGCGCAGUAACGGCUCUUCAGGUGUUCCAUCGUCUCCAGAGAGAGCUACCGCUGCUGGAACUCAAGUCCUCAAGAGCUUGACCAUGGAGGAAAUGGCCAAGGAAAUGUCUGAGCUUCUGGCUAGAAGCCCCCAGGUACAGGCCACCAAAGCUGCCGCAGGCACCAAGAAGUACGAGCUGAGCAAGUGGAAGUACGCUGAGCUGAGGGACGCCAUCAACACCUCGUGCGACAUCGAGCUCCUAGCAGCCUGUCGUGAGGAGUUUCACCGCCGCCUGAAGGUCUACCACGCCUGGAAGUCAAAGAACAAGAAACGCAAUACGGACACCGAGCAGAGGGCCCCCAAGUCAGUCACCGACUAUGAUACCCCUUCACCUGUGAAAAAAGCAUCCCAGCAGAACCCGGCCCCGCCCAUCCCUACCAGGCAGCAUGAAGUGGCCAUGAACAGGCAGCAGCGCUACUUCCGGAUCCCCUUCAUCCGGCCUGGCGAUCAGUACAAGGAUCCCCAGAACAAGAAGAAGGGCUGGUGGUACGCCCACUUUGACGGGCCCUGGAUCGCCCGGCAGAUGGAGCUGCACCCAGACAAGCACCCCAUCCUGCUGGUGGCAGGGAAAGAUGACAUGGAGAUGUGUGAACUGAGCCUGGAGGAGACGGGCCUGACCAGGAAGAGGGGGGCGGAGAUCCUGGCCCGGCAGUUUGAGGACAUCUGGGACCGCUGUGGGGGGGUCCAGUACCUGCGCAGCGCCAUCGAGAGCCACCAGGCCCGGCCCACCUACGCUACAGCCAUGCUGCAGAGCCUCCUCAAGUAGCUCUCUGCCUCCAACUCCCACCAUGGGCCACACACACACACACACACAGCAAAGGGAAGAGUGCACCCGCUCACUGGACCCACACAGCGUGCAGUCAGGCAUACUGUUCCAUGUUCUGACUGGGUGCACUGCAUUCAUGAAAGAACUGCUUUUGUUAAUUUGUCUUUUGUUUUUGUUUAGUUUUUGGGGGAUCUUGCUGGCUUGGAAUCUUCUUGUGUAUUUGAGUCUGAGGCAGUAGGGAUUGCAGUGAACCGUAUGCAGAGGAACACAUGCGUCCAGUUUUAUUUGUCAGGCUAAUGGGUUGUUUUCUUUAAUAUUUCUACAACUUUAAACUAUGAGGCCUUACUACUAAAUAGGGUAAGUAGGAAAGUAGGAACUAUUUCAAAGCUGCCUCCCCAAAAAGGUUGAGAGUAUUAAUUCAUAGAUGUUUAUAAUAAUUCUUUUCUGAUUACACUACAGUCUUCUUGUGGUCUCUGCCGGCUUAAACAGCUUGUUGAUAAUUCUACUCACACUUCAGCUGUUUAUAUAGUAGUUUUUCAGGACAAAACUUGCACAAGGAGAUUGGAUCUCUGUUCUCUCUCGUGACACGUUCUCUGAUUAUUUUCAGUAACUGCACGCAUUAUUAAUUUCCAAUUAAGAUAUAUUUGACAAAACUGUAAAAUUCUUUACCUCGUCUUUCAAACCGAAUGUAAUUUGAUUUAGUUGAUUUGUUCCUUCAGUCUUCAUUAUUUGUUGGUUUUGUCUUAUUUUUCUAAUGUGUGAUUAGAUUUUUCACCUUUUUUCAAAAGGUGUAGAAAGAACGGCAGGUUCCCGGUACAUGACCCGGUUGGGAAUGCCAUUUGGGGUUUGGUCGUCACAGUUAAUUUUGCCUAUUGUUUUUGAAUAAUCGACACAACAUUUGGUUUCAAAUGUUGUUAAACAAAAAUGGCAUUUACGUGUAUUAAUCAGACUUAAUUGUUGGAAUGUUGAACUACUAGAUGUGAAUCAUGCAUACCAUGAGAUAUUCAAGAGUUACUAAGUUGGACCAAAUGUGUGAGAGCAGAAAUGAGCUGUUUCCAAUUACAGAUUGGUAAACUGAUAGGGAGACUAUGAAGCUAACAGCAUUCAGUACACAGGUAGCCUAUUGUCAUGGAAACCCUCUCAUUAGACACGUACCGGUACACACAGUACAUAUUUUAUAUUGUAUGAUACAAAGAGAGUGUAAUGUUUCUAAUGGAAUGUACACUUUUAUUUUCAAAAAUUAAAUCUUUCUACUCCAACAUCCAAGGGUUCGGGCACAUAAAUCUCUGUUGGAUUCAAACGGUUAUUUGCGUGCUGUAAAGUUAAGCAAUAAUCUAGUCACACACACGGCUAAGAGGAGAAGGGACGUCCUUUGUCAUAAACAGCGACGCUUUUAAGAGACAAUCUCCUUUAAGACUACAAUUACUGUCUUCAGGUAAGGCUGAUAGUCGUGAUGUGCCCUAGCUUUUCAUUCCCUUUGACGCUUAAGCGAAAAGGCGAUUUGGUUGUUUGAAUGCGUGAGAUCUAUCCACUUACGCCGCUGUGUCUGAAGCAAGUCUUCAGUUAAGACCUACUGUAAGUAUUUAUUUAUGUAUCACUUGAAAACACAGAGUGAAGUGUACUACUGUGGGAUUUCCUGGAAUCACCUGUACCGUACAACAAAAUGACUGGCUUUUCUGUGCUCUGUAUCUCAACACGCAAUUACAAUCAUUCCUUGUAUACUGCCUUUUCACUGUCACUUUUCUAAUGCUGAUCUAACGAAUGAAAUAAAUGCAUUCCAUGUU